AGGUUUUCAAGAUGCAAAAGUGUAUCGACUAUCUACAUCGAAAGAGCUUCAAUACUUACGGUGUUGUUCUUCUCACGUUAUUCGGGUUCUUCGCUGUCGUAGUUAUAAGCAUCUCGGGUUCUUUAGCCCUCGAUACAUCAUUUCAUUGUUAUGAUAAGACCAUUUCAAAGACGAAGGAUGCAUCUCUAAUAAAGAACAUCAACAUAAAAUGUUCCCUCGCGUAUCAAGAGAAAUUCCUCUUUACUCUACCUAUGUAUGCUAUGUUCAUCUUGAACUUUGGCAUAGUAUUUGCUUUGAGUAUUAUCUAUUCAUACUUGGUGAAACAUCGUGUUGAAAAAUUUUAUUAUCCGACCAAAAAUGACGGCGAUGAAAAUGACGAGAUGCUGCCUUCGCGAAAUCUCGGCCAGAAUCCACGUGGUAGUCGUGAAUGUCGUUUUCCAACAUUUUCCAUCUAUGUCGUGCAUUUACUCGUCGCUCGUAUAAUUCCAUUGUUGGUAUUUGCUAUAUGGAUAUUUUACCAAGCUCAUUUUCCUACGAAUUUCCCCUGUCCGUUGGGUCCUGAAAUGCAAGGAAAAGGCACAUCCAAUUUAACGUUUAUUGACUGUAUAAACCCCAUCGGCGGAAAAAGUAAAACCUUGGUCUAUAUCGUUGCAACAGUGGAUGUUUGUCUUGUGACAUUGUCCUUUUUGGAACUUGGCUACAUCGCGUGGUUGGCCUUCAAUGACAGGGAUUUUAUGACUGACGAAGAAUUUUGUACGGUGUACUUGUUGCGAACGCGAAAUAGAAGUAGAAAAUCCGUGAACCAAGUUAGAGACGGAAUCAAUCCUGAUGAUGCAGACGUUUUUCAAGUAGAGGAUGAUUUUGGUGGUCCUGAAAUUUCCAUGCGACCUCUUGAAGAUAUAUUUGUUAAUGUCGUCAUUCAAGAAGGGAGAGAACACACGAACGCUUAUCCGAGGGAAUUUAAAAGGCAUGAAAUUUACCAGUGCCAUCUCAAAACCUCGAGGACAGUUACUAAGCUUACGAGCACAGCUGAUAUAUUUAAACCAACAAAAGACGGGGAGGCGUAUCCGCGGACCAUCCUUGUUAUAGGGCGACCGGGAAUUGGUAAGUCCAUGUUAACAAAGAAAUUAUUACAUCAAUGGAAACGGCAAGAAGACGAGUUCUGGCGUGGGAAAAUUGUAAUCUUGCUUCAAUUUCGUGCAUUCUACGAAAAAAACAACGUUACUCUUCGAGAAAUGUUAUCCUACGGUGAAGGAUUGUCACCACACGACUUUAACGCUGUGUAUGAACAGACAUUGUUGAACCCAACCAAAAUCGUGUUGAUUUUUGAUGGAUUCGAUGAGCUUAGUGUCGACGACGAGCUUUUGGGUGCAAAGAUAAAGGCAAUUAAUGACCUGGAUGAAAAAAUGCCAGUGUUUACAAUUUUUAAAAAAUUGUUGUGUGGUAAAUUGCUAUCUGGUGUCACAGUAUUGACGACGUCACGACCAACGGCACAGCGUGUUUUUCAAAAGCUCAAAUUUAACAGAACAGUGGAAAUCUUGGGGUUUUUCGAAGAGGAAAUCAAAGAAUAUGUUUUCAAAUUUUGUAAGAAUAACACUACCGGUGAACUGAUUUGGAAUGAAAUCCAAGGAUCACCCGAAAUGCGCAGCCUGUGUUAUAUACCUGUCAAUAGUUAUAUCGUUUGUUUAACUUUAAAGGAAAGCGUUGAAAGUGAUGUGGAAAGUGAGUCACAACUUCCCGAGGGUUUGAACAGCAAUAUUCUAGGAACUAUAACUGAACUGUACAAAAGAGCAGUAAAAGUCUUACUAUAUCGACACCAUCCAGAAUACAAAUUAAAACCAAGGCCGAAUGAUUACCUCAUCAGCCCUUUUCCCAAAGAACUGGCGAAUGAAUUGGUAAAGCUGAAGGAAGUUGCAGAAAGUGGAAUUAGCCAACACAAGUUAAUUUUUGAGAAACCCACGGAUGAUGAAUUUCGAACACUGGCCAAUAGUGGCUUCUUCUAUCAAUUACCAGACAAACGACGGAACUUGUUUUGCUUUCUACAUUUAACACUGCAGGAGUUUCUUGCGGCCUCAAAGGUGGUUGAUGAUAUGGACAAAGUUGCACAAUUUUUGGAUGAUCAUGUUAAAGAUCCCAAGUGGCAUUUGGUGAUACAGUUUGUAGCUGGUUUAGUUGGAGAUAAAAUUAGAGAAGAUCCAAAAGAAUAUAAGAGCCAAAAGGUCUUUGCUGAUAUUCAGAAAAGGUAUUAUAUUUUCCGUAUAGUAUACCGUAUAUCACUACAAAUCUGUACGAACCAAAGUCAGAUUUGAGAUUUUUAGUCUAGGCAGACUUGUUCUAGUCUGAGGCGAAGUUAAAAACCGGGACCAAAAAGGGGGUGUCUUAAUAUUCGAUCGAAUCCUUGUUUGUGGAUUUGAGAUGAUAUUUAUUACAUACUCCUAAUUUAUAAGUCAUUUUUGCCUAACAAUCUUCUCUUAAACAGUAAAAUUGUCUGAUGUUAGUUCAGAGAAUAAAAUACAGCAAUGCGCAUUAGGGCACAUCACGUAUGGCUAGGGUACAGUAUGUCAAAGAAUAAAGGAGUUCCUUCUUGUUGAGUAAAAUAAUAAAGUUGUGAGCAUUUUCUCGCACGUCGAUCUUGUAUCCAAAAAUGUUAAGGAGCCCUUUUGAGCUGGGAACCCGAGCCAAAAUGCCCCUGCUCUCGGUGGCACUGGUCAUGCAUCUGCUGCAUGAUAGCUCAUCAUAGUCGUAUUGCCGGCUGGUAGCCGUGAUGUAUUGUAGUAUAUUAUACUGUACUGUGCUGUACUAUACUAUGCUAUACUAUACUAUACUAUACCAUACCAUACCAUACCAUACCAGACCAGAUCAUGCCAUACCAUACCAUACCACACCAUACCAUACCAUACCAUACCAUACCAUACCAUACCAUACCAUACCAUACCAUACCAUACCAUACCAUACCAUACCAUACCAUACCAUACCAUACCAUACCAUACCACACCACACCACACCAUACCAUACCAUACCAUACCAUACCAUACCAUACCAUACCAUACCAUACCAUACCAUACCAUACCAUACCAUACCAUACCAUACCAUACUAUACUAUACUAUACUAUACAAAACUAUACUAUACUGUUUCCCCGGCGGGAAACAUUGCAUUUAUCUGAAGUCACCUGAUCACAAAUCAGCCAAUCACGUUUGGUGUUCACGCUAGCUAUAUAACAAUUUAUAUUAAAAAUAAAUGGUAUUUUAAGUCACCGAUCUUUUCGAAAUCUUUUUCUGUAGUUGUUAAAGGCUCAGUGUCACCUGUUGAGCGAUGUUAUUUAAUUGCUAAAAUUUACUGAUUCAAACUGGACCAUGUGCGCAUCCUCAGCAGUUAAUUUUAGCAAUUUAUAAAUAACAUCGCUCAACAUGUACACUGAGCCUUUGAAUAAGCGUUUGCUUCAAGAACCUUUCCAUGCAAGGUUAAAUUCCCGAUUAUCUCUUUUUUAACGUAGCCAAAUUUGAAAAAAAUACUAUAGUUCUUUCUGAUAAAAUUAAAUUAUAGUAAAAAAAAGAUGGAAUGUUUUAAAAUUGUACACACAGUAAUAUGGGUUUUCUAAUCUGUUUAGACUUGAGGAAUGGGCCUUUUUAUUGGGAACUACAAAUGAAAUUGCUUUACUUGGCAUAAAGUGUUUGUAUGAAUUGCAAGAUAUUGAUAUCAUGAAAUCAGUUUCCAGUAAAUUUUUGGCAGAAGGAGAUGGAAAGCUGGCUUUAUGGCACCUAGAUAUUGCAGCAAUUGAUUCUACAGCAUUGUUCAUGUUUUUGUGUAAUAGCAAGAAUUUAAAACAACUCGUUUUUUCUUAUUGCACAAUACAGGACAACUGCAGCUACCAUUUGAAGUUGUUGUUGAACACUGCAGGUAACACUAUUACCUUUUUUAAUUGGAGUUUGGGAGAUUUAGGAGAUGUAGCUGUUAAAUAUCUUAGUGAAGCUUUAAAAAGUGAAAAUUGUAAACUUGUUGCGUUGUGCCUCGAUCGCAAUAACAUAAAAGAUCAAGAUGUUAGAUAUCUUAGUGAGGCUUUAAAAAGUGAAAAUUGUAAACUUACUGAAUUGUAUCUCGGUCGUAAUAAAAUAACAGAUCAAGCUGUUCAAUAUCUUAGUGAAGCUUUAAAAAGUGAAAAUUGUAACCUUACUGAAUUGCAACUUGUUCGUAAUGAUAUAACACAUCAAGGUGUUAAAUAUCUUAGUGAAACUUUACAAAGUGAAAAUUGUGAACUUACUGCAUUGGUUCUCGAACGUAAUGAAAUAACAGAUCAAGCUGUUAAAUAUCUUAGUGAAGCUUUAAAAAGUGAAAAUUGUAAACUUACUGAAUUGAAUCUCGGUGAUAAUGAAAUAACAGAUCAAGCUGUUAAAUAUCUUAGUGAAGCUUUAAAAAGUGAAAAUUGUAAACUUGUUGUGUUGUGCCUCCAUUGCAAUAACAUAAAAUAUGAAGGUGCUAGAUAUCUUAGUGAAGCUUUAAAAAGUGAAAAUUGUAAAUUUACUAAAUUGAGCCUCUAUGGUAAUAAAAUAACAGAUCAAGGUUUGGGGUAUCUCAGUGAAGCCUUAAAACGUGAUAAUUGUAAACUUACUGAAUUGCAACUCCGUCGUAAUGAAAUAACAGAUCGAGGUGUUGAAUAUCUUAGUGAAGCUUUAAACAGUGAAAAUUGUGAACUUGCUGAAUUGGACCUCAGUUAUAAUGAAAUAAAAGAUCAAGGUGUUGAAUAUCUUAGUGAAGCUUUAAAAAGUAAAAAUUGUAGACUUAUUAAAUUGCAACUCCGUGGUAAUAAAAUAACAGAUCAAGGGGUUGAAUAUCUUCGUGAAGCAUUGAAAAGUGAAAAUUGUGAACUUACCGAAUUGGACCUCAGUGGUAAUGGAAUACGAGAUCAAGCUGUUGACUAUAUGAGUGAAGCUUGUAAAGUAAAAUUUGCAUACUUACCAAAUUGA